CACAUGACCGCAUGUGUGCGUACGCGCCGUGGCUGCCAGUGAACAUGGCGGAUGAGAACGCAGAAGCGGAGCUCGACUGGAGCGGCCGACACAGCCUGCUGCUCGACGAGGACACAUUCUUCGCUAUGGAGGGUCUGCAAGCCACCCUUCAGCAACUCGAAGCCGAACUUCGGCAGCAAGACGUUUCUGAAGAAUCGUCCACGGAGUAUUGCAACAACUUCUGCCAGGUUCUAAUGCAUUACGCUGGGAGCAGGAAUUCAGUGGAACACGGAUUGCCUCUAUUGGAAGUUUACUGUCUAUCAAUCAACUGUUUUGCUGCUGCCAGGCCAUAUCUCACAAGCGACUCCCCCAAUGUUACCCUUGUGCUCAAAAGACUUGCAUUGAGUUGCCUUGAAUUGUUGUUGUCUGUGCCUCAAAAUGAAAUACCGAUGGAUGCCUGGCUGCAGUUUCAUGGUUCAGUUCAGGCGGCCCAUGAGGCCAUGCUGCAGUAUGGCAGUACAGAUUUGCAUGCCCUUCUGAACAUCACAGGUGAAGGUGGAGCUUGGAAUAAUCCUGUCAUGGUCUCGCUUCUUACCGGUCAGCCCACUGACCCAGAUGAGGUGAAUGCCUAUCUUGCUUUGGAGGGAGAAGGUUUUAUGGAAAUGCGGAUCAAACACUUGGAAAAAGUAGGGGAGGUAGAGAAAGCACUGAUCCUCAACAAAGCCUGUGCUAACUGUAGCCUCCUGCCUAGUCAGUCCACUUUUCGCCAAACCUUUGUCACCCAACUGUGCCAGAUGCUGCCUGGUGAGGAAGCUAUUUUAGAGAUUUCUAGAAUAGAUGCAAAAGAUGUCCUGGACAUUAUUUGCAACAUGGAUUCUGAGGGGGAUGAGAGCACAGCCUUCAUCCUGUGCACUACAUAUUUUACACAGCAGCUACAGCAAGACAGCUUGUACUGUUCCUGGGAGUUAACCCUCCUUUGGAGCAAACUGCAGAGAAGAAUUGAUGUGUCCCUUGAAUCAUUUAUUGAACGGUGUCUCCAGUUUGCAGCCAUUGCCAGGACUAUCUACCAUCUCCUAUUCCUAAUUCGUGUGAUUCAGACAGAGGCAAUGCAGCUUGGCCUAGCAGUGUCAGUUGACCUAUGUGUGAAGGCUCUUCGGCUUCCAAAGCAAGAUGACGUAGAUGCAAAAACAAUGGUCUGCAAAGCUAUUGUCUGUCUCCUGCCUGAAGAUCUGGAGGUGAUAAGGGCUUGUCAACUCACAGAAUUCCUCUUAAGUCCUGCCCAGGAAGCCUUUGAUGUCCUUGAGGAGCUCUACACACGCCCUGAUCAAAAAUAUGAUGAGGAGAAUGCCAUUAUUCCAAAUUCUCUGCGUUGCGAGCUUUUACUUUCUCUGAAAGCACAUUGGCCAUUUGACCCUGAAUUCUGGGACUGGAAGACAUUGAAACGCUACUGUGUUCAGUUACUGGGGCUGGAACCUGAGGAAGAAGUAGAGGAUGAAGAAGCACCCGAGGAGCUGUGUAAUCUUGGAGCAGUUUUGAAUGAAGACGUUGGGAAGGAGGGAGAAAAUGAAUGUAAGGUUAAUGCAUUUAGCAGCACUGAGCAAGAACAGAGAGUGGAAGAAACGGAAAUGGAAAAGGGAGAAAAAGUCUCAAAGAAAAAAGACUCUCAAGACGUCUCUAAGAAAUCCGACAUGCAUCAGAAGGCUAAAUUUAUCUGCCAGAUAUGCCAUAAACAAGUGGUGGAGACGCGAAUCUGUCACCAUGCCAGAAAACACAUGGAAAAUGACAUGUGGACAUGUCCUGUGUGUCUACAAAAGUUUAAAAGUAAAAAGGAGUUUGCGCUCCACUCCAAAAAACACAUUCAAAUUCCUGCAAAGGGUCACUGGAAAAAGAAAAAAGUGAAGAAGAAGGUGGACCUGCAAAAUUAUUUCAAGGAGGAUAGUUUGGAUGAGCUAGAGCCUGGUCAAAUUCCUUUAGACCCUUCUCUUGCCAUGUACUAUCAGUCCACCCAUGACCCUGUUGUAUUAGAACAUAUAUUAGAGCAAGCUGCCAGUGUGCCUGAUAAGCAAGUAGACGAUGACUAUAUUACAUUUGACUACAUCAACGCAUACUUUAAGUUACAGGAUCGUGAUGUUUACCAGUGUCCAGCCACUAACUGCUCAAGGAAUUUUAAACUUUUUAAGUACUUGGGUGUACACAUAAAAAAUGAGCAUGGUAGUGAAGACCCCAAUUUGAAACAUUAUCUGGAGAUGAAAGACCGCCGGGAGAAGUGCACUUUCUGCCGAAAGACCUUCAUGACAGCCUAUCACCAUCGCCAGCACCGGUGGGUCCAUUAUGGAGAUGAUCCUUACAUAUGUGUAGUCACAGGAUGUGGUGCCCGUUUUGAUACCACCAAUGAACUUAUAGCACAUAAGCAUAGUCAUGGGUUCCGCUUGUCUUACAGCUGUGAGUUGAAAGGCUGCAGUUUCUCUUAUUGUGACCUUGGGCAGCUCUACCACCAUGAGGCGCAGCACUUCCGCGAUGCAGCUUACACUUGUACCAGCGCAGGGUGCAAAAACUUUUUCUACUCUCGCAGGGAAUUCCUACAGCACUUGGCCACUCAUGACAUCACUUUCACGGAGAAAGACUUUGAGACGCAGAGAAAAAUGAGAAUGAAACUCUUGCUUCCAGUUGUAGAAAGUGACUUGGGUUCUGGGUCAAAGGCAGAAGUAGAGAAUGGUGUCCAAAAGGUUGGUUCAAGUUCUUCACAGCUCUUGGCGAACAGUGAAUCUAAGGUCUCGUUGACGUGCGUUGCUGUUUGCUUUGAUGGGAGAAAGUUUACAUGUGGCUUAAAAAAGUGUAAAAGGACUUUCACUACUGCAAGAGAACUCCAGAAGCACUUAAAAAUUGCUCAUUCAGGUGAGUUUAACGAGGAUUCAUUUUGCAAGAAGAAAGUACAAGAACAACAUUCAAAGACUCAAGCCAAUGAAUUGCAUCAAAGUGGCCAGGAUAAGACUCCAAAAAAGGCAUCUACAGAGGAAUCCAAUCACAAAAAGGAUAUCUCGCCUGCUCCUGAGUCUGUAGAUUGUGAUGCAACCCUUUCAAAUGUGGAACUCUGUGAAGCAUUUACCGAAAUCAUGCUUGGAUUAAGUCAACUAAGCCUUAAUUCUCCCAGCACUAGAUAUGCAAUGCGUAAUUCACAGAGCACUUGCACAACUACCUUGAAUGCAAGGUCACCUGCCAAAGCAGCUAACAACAAAAAAGAGGUGAGAUCUCAUGUAGUGAGUAGUGAUUCAAAGAGGCUGUCAAGCAAGUCCGAAUUGCCACAAACACAUGACUACAUUAAAGACUCUGAGAAGGAACAACCGCAAAGCGAGCCCCCAACCAAGCCUUACACCUGCGAAGCCAAAAGUUGCCACUACAAGAGCGUUACCUGUUGUGGUUUAAUGCAGCACUACAUUAAAAUUCAUGGAUACUCUGAGGAGAAAGUGCAACAGAUGGAGGUGUUUCAAUCUGAAACACUUGAGCCUCUCAAAACACCUGAUGUCACUGAAGAUUCUGUUUUGGGGAACAAUCAACCCCAAAGUGAGUUCCUUGUGCAGGCUACAAUCAAACCUUACACCUGCGAAGCUAAGAGUUGCCACUACCAAAGUGCUACUAGUCGUGCUUUAAUGCAGCACUACAUUAAGAUUCAUGGUUACUCUGAGGUAGCGGUGAAAGAGAUGGAUGUGUUUCAAUCUCAAAUAUUCAAGCCUUUCAAGUGCCAUCUCUGCUCCAAGAGCUACAGAAACAAAAAAGAAUUGAAGAUCCACUUUAUACAGAUGCAUCACAUGAAUAAAGCUAUUGUUGAGCAGAUGAGCUGCAGUUUUAAAAGGAGACUAGUUGAUAAAGCACCUGUGUUGUCAUCUAAAAUGAGGAACAGGAAGAAGUCACAAUCUUUGAAGAUGGAUGACAUUAAAACCAAAAUACGGGACAAACACCUUUGGCAACAGAGAUGCCAAAAAAAAGAUUAUCAGUUGUGGAAAAGAAAACUAGAUAGAAAAAAUGGACAAGUUAAAUCUGAAGAGAAAAGGCAAGUCCCUUCUGAAACUGAUGCUGAUGUAAACCACGAAGCAGUUGAUGUUAGGGGAAGCCGUCGCUUGGUAGCAAAAGGGAAUCUGAGCCACAUCCUCACUAAAUACAAUAAACCCUUUCAUUGCGUGCAUAAAAACUGCAAUGCUGCCUUCGGUAAUCAGAAUGCCCUUGUUGGCCACCUUCAGUUAGUGCAUCACUAUAACCGCUCACAGUUGUGCUUCCCAUGUGAACACAAAGGAUGUGAUAAGCAAUUUAACAACUUGUCUAGUCUUACUAAACACUACCGUAAAGAGCACAACUUCAACAGAAAGAAAAUUACAUCAAAAGUGUCCUGCAAAUCUAAGAACAUACCAAAAAGACAGAUGACCUCAUCAGAGGAGCCCAUACCAAGGUUCAAGUGUACCUAUGCUAACUGCAAUGAGUCGUACCAUCUCAAAAGCAGCCUCUUGCGUCACACAAAUCAGUUUCACCAGAACCCCACUCCACUGAAUCCAGCUGCCACCUCUGUGAACAGCAAGUUCAAAAUGAGCUUUAAAAAGCAUGUGUUCUAUAGGCACUGUGAUCCAUCUGAUUCCCUUGUUGUGCGACUCCAGAGUACACCUAAAAAAGAGUCAAAUAGUGGAUGCCAAACGAAGUUGAUCAUCUCGCCUUCUUCCCAGGCAACGAAAGAUUCCCAAAAGCUGCCUCUCAAGCAACCUUUGAGAUGCUGCAUAGAGGACCAGGAAAUCGCUCCAUCUGAGGAGAACUUUGAGUCCAUUGAAGGAAAUGCAGAGGAGAUGUUGGACAGGGUACCUAAGACACAAACUAUCAAAAAAAAAAAACGAUUUGACCAGAUUGUCUUCCGAACACACGAGGAGGCUUUGCAGAUGUGCCAAGACCGCUGCCUGUCUGUAGCCUUUCCUUGCAUGUUACAGAACUGUGACUCUGUUGUAACUAGAAUGAGUAGUUUGAGUCGACAUUAUAUUGCGGUUCACAAACUUACACGCGGACAGUUCACUGAUAAUAAGGACAAAUUAUGUUACACUGCAGAAAAGUUAGAAGAGAUUAUACAAAAAAAAUCUGCUGUGCCUGCUAUACCUGAUUUAACAAGGAUUCCAAAUGGCGUCCUCAAGAUGGAGUAUCAGUCUGAGUCUGCGACCCCAGGUGGCCAGUCACUGCCAAUGAGCCUCCAUUCAAUCAAAAACAAAUCAAAGGGACAUGAAGUAACUGAGUUUUCAGGGGAGCAACACCCCGACACAAGUUUGCUUACUGCAGCUGAAGGUUUGCUCUGUGGCUCCCCGAAGUCAAGCGGGCACCCUGAAGAGCCUGUUUCUGAGGAGAGUCCAAGCAACAAAGACAGGUCAGACUCUGAGUUAACAGCACCUCCCCUUAUUCGACCUCCACCACUUGACCUCUCACCACCCUCUACUCUCAGAAUUGCUGUUGAUGAAAGUUCAUUUGAACCCUCUGAUAAAGACAGUAAAUCUAUUAACAUUCCUUCUACUGUUUCCAUAUCAGUUCCCACCCCAACUCGGCAGCCCCUCAGACGGAGGAAUGAACUCUCCGAACCACCACCGCCAGUCCCUCUUUCGCCAAACCCAAAGGAUCCUGUAGAGCACAGUCUAGCACCACGAACUUUUGACAUUGCAACUUACAAACCUAUGGGCUUUGAGUCCUCGUUCUUGAAUUUCAUUAAAGAGAAGGAGGAGAUCAAAUGUGAAAAGCCGUGGGCUGCAGUAGUUACUAAUCCUUGUCUCAAACCUGAUCCACCUCGACGCAGAGAUUGUUUCAGACGGAACUGCUCGGUCAAAGAAAACACUCAGAGAGGAGCCCCCAUCUCUCGAAGCCGCAAGUUUCGGUCAUCCCCUCUGAGGCACUUGAUCUCUAAAGGAGAGUGUACCUCUAUCCAGAAUCUCCGUCUGAUUUUGGAGAGGGCUUUAGCGGGCUGUGGCGACCAAGCUAUAAAACAGCUUCAGUUCUUGAAGCCUGUGGUGGUUCUAGAGAGGCCAAAGUCCUUUGCCUCCAUUCUUGAUCUCUUACCCUCUGAAACUAAAGCAUAAACUUUUGCUGGGCAAAAAGGCAGUAAAACUCUUGUCCACCUUUUUUAUUUGAGAGACUUUCAUAGUAUUUUUUAUAUUAUUGAUACAAUUUUGGUUUUUUUCUGCCAGAAUUAGGUACCUUGAUUGUUAAGUUGUGAAUGUUUAUAUCUGUAAAUAAGGUCAAAUAAAAAAAGAACAAAAAAGAUUUUGAAAAUACA